AUGGCCGCAAGUUGUUCUUCCUCUAAUGCAAUUACCCCGGCGCCAUCGCAGAAAUACGAGGUUUUUCUUAGUUUCAGAGGCGAAGACACUCGUUAUGGUUUUGUUAGCCACUUAUACGCCGCUUUAUGCCGGAAGAAAAUCAGGACUUACGUCGAUGACAAGAGUCUUGAGAGAGGAAAUGAAAUUUCAUAUUCACUUGCGCAAGCAAUUAAGGAAUCAAACGUUGCUGUGAUUAUUCUCUCAGAAAACUAUGCUUCUUCCUCGUGGUGCUUGGAUGAGCUUCUUCAAAUACUAGAAUGCAAAGAAAGAUACGGCCAAACUGUUAUUCCAGUGUUUUACCAUGUAGAACCAACGCAUGUACGCAAACAACAAGGGAGAUUUGGCAAGGCUUUCUCUCUCCUUGAAAAACGUUUUAAGAAAAAAGGAGACCAAGUGAACAAGUGGAAGAUUGCUUUAUCAACAAUAGCAGCUCUAUCUGGAUUGAAUUCGAGUGAAAGCAGAUCCGAGGCUGAAUUCGUAGAUGAAAUUGUUGAAGACGUAAUAAGAAAAUUGCAUCGCAUUUCACGACCAAGGGAUGAUCUGAAGACGUUGGUUGGAAUAGAGAGACAGGUGAAGGAGAUUGAAAUGAUGUUAAGCCUUUUAAGCCACCGUGAUGUUUGCAUUAUGGGUAUUUGGGGCAUGGGUGGAAUAGGUAAAACAACCCUUGCAAAUGUUGUAUUCAACCGAUUAUCUUCUAAAUUUGAAAGCAGUUGCUUUCUUGCCAAUGUUAGAGAAGAGUGGGCCAAAGGUCGAAAAAAUGAAUUGCAAAAAGAGCUUUUCUCUAAACUAUUGGAGGAAGAUAAUCCACUAUACAAUGUCAGGGGUAGGCUCUCUAACAAAAAGGUGCUUAUUGUUCUUGAUGACGUGAAUGAUCUAGAGCAGCUGGAUCAUUUAGUUGGAGAUUUUAGUAAUUUGUUUGGUCAUGGAAGUAUAAUCAUUGUUACAACACGGGAUACAGAGUUGCUUUAUUAUAUCAGAGCUGAUGCGAGAUAUGACGUUAAAAGAUUAAGUGAUUUGGAUGCGAUUGUACUCUUCAUUAUGAAUGCUUUUAACGGAAACCUUCCGGUGCCAACAGAAUACAUGGUAAGAAUAUCAAAGAGAGUUUUAAAUUAUGCUCAAGGCAUUCCAUUAGCUCUGAAAGUUUUGGGCUCUCACCUCCGUUGCAAGGAACAAGAGAAUUGGGAAAGUGUAUUGAAUGAACUCGAACAAUAUCAUAAUUUUAACAUUCAGAAUGUGCUCAAAGUAAGCUAUGAUGGACUAAACCAAAAGGAUCAACAAAUAUUUCUUGACAUCGCAUGCUUUUUUAAAGGGAUGAGAAGAGAUGAAGUGGAAAAUAUCUUGAAUGCCUGUGGUUUCUUUGCGAAAUUAAAAAUAGACAAUCUCAUUCACAAAUCUCUCUUGACCAUCACUAAGUCACACACAUUAUGGAUGCAUGAUUUGGUGCAAGAAAUGGGUCGGGAAAUAGUAUUAUCCACUAACGACCCCAGAAAGCGUAGUAGGCUAUGGAUUGCUCAGGAUGUCAUUCGUGUUUUGAAAAAUAAUGAGGGAAAUGAAGCAAUUCAAGGAAUAUUCCUAGACACAAGUGAUAUUGAAGAAGUAGACCUGGAACCUACAGUCCUCGAGAAGAUGUAUAAAUUAAGAUAUAUUCAAAUCAUCGAUGAUAAGGGACUAUACACCAAGUUGAAGUUUCCUCAAGGUCUAAAGUCUCUUCCUACUGAAUUGAGAUACCUUGACUGGUACAACUACCCUUUGGAAUUUUUGCCUUCAAAUUUCUCACCACAUAAUCUUGUCGAACUUCAUAUGUCUCACAGCAACCUUAAGCGACUAUGGAGUGGGGUCCAGCAUCUUGGGAACUUAAAGCAUAUUGAUCUAAGUUUCUCCCAAGAACUGAUCGAAAUUCCAGAUCUCUUUCAUGCUCCGAGACUUGAGAGUAUGAAUCUGAAAGAUUGUAGAAGUUUGGUUAUGUUUCCUUCACUUAAUUUUCAAAAUUUUGAUGAGCAUUCUGAUUCUAAAGAGUCUUGGCGUGCGGAUUUUAGAAACCCAGGAACUCUUGUUCUCGCUGGCUGCUCUAGUCUUAAAUCUCUUCCAGAACUUUCAGGGAGCAUAAGAUCUUUAAUCUUAAACGGAACUGCAAUAGAAGAAUUCCCCACAUCAAAUUCGGCACUGGAAAAUCUUUUUUAUCUAGACCUUGGUGACUGCAAGCUUCUCAAGAAUCUUGGAAGUGGCAUUCGUAAGCUGGAGGGUCUAAAAUAUCUUGGUCUAUGGAUGUGUUUGUCUAUCAAUGUAUUUCCAAAAAAUCUUCCAAGAAAUGUAAUGGUAUUAAAUUUGUGUGGGACAGCAAUAGAAGAAGUGCCUUCGUCAGUUAAGUAUCUAUCUUGUCUCGAGGAAUUUCACUUGAGUUUUUGUAAAAGGCUUGUGACUCUUCCGACCAGCAUUUGCGAGUUGAAAUCUCUAAGGGAACUUCAUCUUCUUGCUUGCUCAGAAUUGGAAAACUUCCCAGAAAUCUUGGAGCCAAUGGGAUGUUUAAAGACUCUUGAUUUGAGCGAAACAAGAAUUAUGGAGCUACCGCAUUCAUUUGAAAACCUAAUUGGGCUUCACAAGCUUCUUCUGGAUGGGUGUGGAAAACUUAAGUUUGUCCCGGAUACUAUCAUUCGUAUGCCUAGUCUUAAAAAGCUCUCCCUUGCAAGGUGUUUUCUAGUCGAAAUACCCGAUUGGCUCGGUUGCUUAUCGUCACUAGAGAUAUUAGAUUUAAGAUCAAACUCCAUUGAUAAAAUACCUACCAGCAUCAAAGAUCUUUCAAGGUUGAUUGAGUUACAGAUUAGCGAUUGCAAGAACCUUCAAUUGUUACCAGAACUUCCUUUAUCUCUAGGACUUCUUGAUGCAAGCAGAUGCACAUCUCUAAAGACAGUUUCACAUUCAAAGACUGCAAUGGUAAAAUGUCAUUGGAAUGACUAUCAAGCUACUCACUAUAAGGAAUUCAUUUUCAGUGACUGCUUAAACUUGGAUCAAAGUGCGCUUUACAACAUAAUGAUUGAUUCCCAGAAACUUGAAGAAAAGCCUUUUGUUAGUCUUUGUUCUCCGGGAAAUGAAAUACCAGAAUGGUUCAGUUAUCAAUCGGAGAAAUCUUCAAUAACUAUCGAGCUUCCUUCAAAUUGGCAUAAUAACAACUUCAUGGGUUUUGCUCUUUGUGUUAUUGUUAAAGACAUUGAUUUUAGAGAUAACCCUGUUGAGGUUAAAUGUGAAUUUUAUUUUAAGACCCAUCAUGGCAAAAGUUACAAAUUCCGUUCUCAGUUCCAGGAGAUUUGUGAAAAGGAACCUAGUUUGAGGCGCUACAUCUCAUAUUUCAAGUCAGAUCACAUACUCAUGUGGAAUAAGCACGAUCAUCGCUAUCGUGAUUUUCGUGAUGCAGUUGAGGCGUCAUUUGACUUUGAGCUAUUAGUUAAAAAAACUGCUCAUCCUCCUUCCGUUGACAAAUCAAUAAUUAGAAGGUACGGAAUCCGAGGGUUAUAUUUUCAAGAUGCGCAGGAAUUUGAUAUCAUUUACAAGACUGAACAAAAUGAUCAAAAUGUAUAG